CCGUUGACGCAAGGGAAAGGGGCGUGGCUUUGGCGGUGCAGCGGAAGGAGGCCGCUGGGUGUUUCAAACGCUCGUUUUCUGUCUUACUUUCAAGCGAAAAAACUGACGCGUAGCGGCUCUCACGAAGACGAGAGCCGCAAAAAGGAACCAAAAAUGUUCCGCCUGCGACUGUUGUCGGCAGCCGCUGUAGAGCUGGCGCGGUUGUCAAGGCGAUACCAUACAGGUGUUACGCGGGAUCCAGGCCGGCGGCGCCUCAUGCUGGCGGCUCUGAUGGGUGUGACUGGGGCAACAGCCAGUGCAGGAUUGCUCUGGAAGAGGGCACACGCUGAGGCCGGCUCGUCGGUCCGCCGUGACGAGCGAGCCGAGUUUCCAGAGGCUGCUCGCGCGAGCGGGGUGGACCUGGACUCUGAGAAGCAAGUGGAGCCUGCAGAGAGCGGCGACGAGGAUUCGGCCUCCGAAGGGGAGGAGAAGAAGAAGAAGCAGCGGGUCGGCUUCCGAGACCGCAAGGUGAUGGAAUAUGAGAAUCGCAUCCGGGCGUAUUCCACCCCAGAUAAGAUCUUCCGCUACUUCGCCACCCUGAAGAUCAUCAACGAGCAUGGAGAUGCUGAAGUCUACAUGACGCCGCAGGACUUUGUGCGUUCCAUCACCCCUAACGAGAAGCAGCCUGAGAGCUUGGGCCUGGAUCAGUUCUUGGUGAAGCGCUAUGAUGGCAAGGACUUCUGGCAGAAUGAGAAGAUAGCUCAGGAGCGAGAGAAGUUUGCAGAUGAAGACAGCAUCUUCUACAAACUGGGGGAGUGUGGCCUCAUCUCCUUCUCAGACUACAUAUUCCUCACUACGGUACUCUCCACUCCUCAGAGGAACUUCGAGAUCGCCUUCAAGAUGUUCGACCUGAACGGCGAUGGGGAGGUGGACAUGGAGGAGUUUGAGCAGGUGCAGAGCAUAAUCCGCUCUCAGACCAGCAUGGGCAUGCGCCACCGCGACCGCUCCACCACGGGCAACACGCUCAAGACGGGGGGCUGCAGCUCAGCCCUCACCACCUACUUCUUCGGGGAGGACCUGAAGGGUAAACUGACCAUCAGCAGCUUCCUGGAAUUCCAGAGGAAACUGCAGCACGACGUCCUGAAGCUGGAGUUCGAGCGCAACGACCCCGCGGACGGACACAUCACGGAGAGACAGUUUGGCGGGAUGCUGCUGGCCUACAGCGGGGUGCAGUCGCGGAAGCUCAAGCAGAUGCAGAAAGGUCUGAAGAAGAUGUUCAAGGACGCCCAGGGAAUAACUUUUGAGGAGGUGGAGAAUUUCUUCACAUUCCUGAAGAACGUGAAUGACGUGGACACGGCGCUGAGCUUCUAUCACAUGGCUGGUGCCUCUAUUGACAAAGCCACCAUGAAGCAGGUGGCCCGCACGGUGGCCAAAGUGGAGCUGUCCGACCAUGUGUGCGACGUCGUCUUCGCUCUCUUCGACUGUGAUGGCAACGGUGAGCUGAGCAACAAGGAGUUCAUCGCCAUCAUGAAGCAGCGGCUGAUGCGAGGCCUGGAGAAGCCCAAGGAUAUGGGCUUUACGCGCCUGGUGCGGGCCAUGUGGAAGUGCGCCCAGGACACAGCCUGGGACUUCGCCAGCCAGAAGGCACAGUAGCCCGCUGCGCCGCGGACCGCCAGCAGGGGGCCGAUUCUCCAGCCACGUUGGCUCAUAGGACUUUGAUACUUUAGGGUGAAGUUUUAGGAGGGAGCUGGUUGAUGUUUCUUUGACUUUCAGCACAUCUGCCACAAGUUGUGUAGAAAGGAAGACAAUGAGGGAACUUAAAAGGGGUGGAAAAUCCAGGAUGUGGUGUGAUGGUUUUGGCAGUAAAAUAAUCAGGCAGCACCGGUCAGGCUCAGCUAAACUGCAUUUCAGCCCAGUGUGUAAGUCAUCCUUUCCCUUUUUGCCCACCAGUAGGUGUUAAAAAUGCUUUACACUAAUACACUUCUAGAAUGUUUUGCUAUACUUGGAACCUUCUUUAAAGCUAAUGAGCUUUGAAAUGCUGUACAUUUGUCUCCUUAAAGUGUGUGUGUGU